UCAUGUUUUCUUAAAAGUCAAAUUGAUAAAUUUAUAUAAUUUGAUAGUUUAAUUAAUACUCUUAACCAUUAUUAUAUUGUCUAAGCUCUUAACGUUAAAUAAUUAUAAAUAAAAGCAGAAUGUCGCAAUUCGCAUCACCUCUUCCAAGCCGAGAAUUUUUGUGGGAUGUUUUUCAAAGGGUAGACAAAGAUCGAAGUGGCUAUAUAUCGGCUGAUGAAUUACAAGUUGCUCUUUCAAAUGGCACUUGGAAUCCAUUUAAUCCAGAAACUGUGAGGCUCAUGAUAGGCAUGUUUGAUAAACGAAACAGUGGAACAGUAAGCUUUGAAGAUUUUGGAGCUCUAUGGAAAUAUGUUACUGAUUGGCAAAAUUGCUUCAGAUCUUUUGAUACUGAUGGUUCAGGAAAUAUUGAUAAAAAUGAAUUAAAAACAGCUUUAGUAGCCUUUGGUUAUCGUUUAUCUGAUAAUAUAGUUGAUACUUUAAUAAGAAAGUUUGAUAGAUUUGGCAGAGGUACAAUUUUAUUCGAUGACUUUAUCCAGUGCUGUAUUAUUCUAUAUACUCUUACUGCUUCAUUCCGCCAAUAUGAUACUGACCAGGAUGGUAUUAUUACCAUACAUUAUGAGCAAUUUCUGAGUAUGGUUUUUAGUCUAAAAAUUUAAUUAUAUUAUAUGAGGCCAAUAUUUAUCAUAUGCAUGCCAAAACAUUAAAUUUCUAUCUUUAAAUAACCAUUUUUGAAUAACUAUUUUCUAUAUUUGAAUGUUAACA